AUGGCGGAGCUUGCUAAGGAUCAGUCCCUGGGACUCACUUACACGUCCCACAAGUACGGCGACCACAGUCGCCAGAAGCUGGGCGUGUGGCGCUUCAAGGACCGCCCUGACCAGGAAACGGGCUACUGGGUGGUGUUCAUCCAUGGAGGCGGCUGGCGUGACCCUCGAAACACCGAGGACGAUUUUGCGGAAUCCAUCAAGCGCACUGUUAUAUCCGGUGCUGUCGCGCUGGAGGAUAUCAAGGGUUUCAUCAGCAUUGACUACCGGCUGUCACCUCACCCUGAGUUCCCUCAUGACUCUACCAAUAAGGCCGAGGCCCGUGAUGCCAAACACCCUGACCACAUUGAAGAUAUCUGGUCAGCUCUUAACUUCCUGCAGGGCAAGUACAAGUUGGCAGACGACUACAUCUUGGUCGGUCACUCUGCCGGCGCAACGCUUGCCUUCCAACUACUGAUGGGAGAUGAUGUCCUCGCUUCCCAUGCGCAGGCACCUCUUCCCGUCGCCAUCAUCGGUGUUUCUGGCAUCUUUGACCUGGUCGGUCUCAACGAGAGGUUCGGUGGCAACUAUGCCGGUUUCAUUUCCUCUGCAUUUGGUGAAGACCAGACUGCCUGGAACAAGGCGUCCCCGGCUCGAUUCGGCUCCAGCUUCAAGGAUAGAUGGACUAGUGGAAAGCUGACCGUCCUUGCAUGGUCGCCUGAGGACACUCUCAUCGACGGACCCGAGAUCGACAACAUGGCAGCUCUUCUGACCCAGCAGGGGAUUGAUGUGCAGGUGCUCAAGGAUCUCAGGGGCGAGCAUGACUUUGUCUGGCAAGACGGCAGCCAGAUCGCCCGACUCAUUAUCACGGCUUUGCACCAGUUGCGCAGACUAUAA